UCAUACUCAAAAAUGUUUUGUCACUUCUACGACAAUUACAACUAAGCCUUUGUUACAAAAUACAUUGUGAUUUUUUCACUUUCCUACUCACAUCACUGCCCAUUCUUUCUAAAACAAAUGUGAAUUAUAAAGAUUACACUGCCAUUUCAACUACCAAAAGAUUUUCUGUUAUUUCUCUAUUCUGUAACUCUCACUGUGAUAGAUAGGAGGAUAUCAAUAGGGUAGUUGGCUUUUGUUUUUUCUUUUUUAUGCUUGGAAGUACAAUCUCUUAUUAGUCGAAUAUGUUAGUCGAAGUGGUUAAAACAUCUUAUUUUCAUUUAAGAGCUCCUUGUUUCCCAGCAUUCCAUCAUCUUUUUCUUUGAGGACAGCACCAAAUUGCAAAUUCUCAUUUUACUUCAAAAUCCUUUUCUUGCUUCUAGCUAUUAUUUUUUCCACAAUUUGGAGGAUCAUAUUCACAAACUCUCCCAACCAGCAAAAAUGAAGAAAUCUCCAAUAUACCCGAAGUAUGAAACAGCUGAUUAUGAGGGUGAUGGAUUUGAUUCUCAUGUUGUGGACUUCUCGCAGUUCUUACAAGAAGCAAGACACCAUGCAAGAGAAGUAGGUUUCCAGAGCUCAUCACUGCAUCCAGAAGAAAAUGGAAAGAAAAGAUUGGCCGAAGAGAAAAAGGGAAAGAAAUCAUGGAAAAAUUCUCUCUUGUCAUGGUGGAAAGCUGACAAAAAGAGCAAGCUUCAAGUGGAACCAGCAAUUAGUUCUUGCAAUUCAACUCCAAGACAGCGUCUUGUUUCUGGUCCAAUACAUGGCAGUGGCAAGACUAAUGAUUGCAGGUACCGGCAUCCCACAUCUGGGCCUAUUACUGGCCUUUUUAACCCCACUAAGAGAGUGGAGAAUGAGAUAUCUUAUACGUGUCUUGACCAGCUUGACAGACCUCACGAUGUUCAGACCUAUGGACCUGUUUACCUGGUAACAUAGUGGCAUCAACAAGAAGUUGUUGAUUCAACCCCCAAUGUGGUGCUUAUGCAUUCUCCACAUGAAAGUAUUCAUUGGUCUGUUGUGAAAUUGGGGGAAUUUUGAGGAUGGAGAAAACUUUAGGUUGAGGUGCAACAAUUGAUUUCUGAAGUUUUUAAAUAUUGGCUAUGGCGGGUAUGGCAUUUGAUCAUUUUGUUGAAAAAGCAAGAAACUUGGAGACCUAUUUUGUAUAAUUGAGUCAUCCAAGUAACAAGAGAACUUCUUACUGAUCAAUUGUUAUUCCAUUUUGUCAUUAAUAUCCUGUUUCCUUGGUACCUAAUGUGAUUUUUCAGAAAUGUAUGUUAAUUUUA